GAGCGGCGUAUGAGAGAAGAUCAGGAAAGGGUUGCCAGGGAAGCAGAGAUGAAACGAAUCGAGGAUGAGGCUAAGAAGGAGGCGGAAAAGGAGGCUAGGCUAGCCAAAAUGAUGGAUGAGAAAAUGAAGGAAAUUGAAAAGAAAAGAGAGGAGGAUAAUAGGAAAUUGUGGGAAAGAGUCGGUUUGAAAAAGGGUUCAGAAAUUGCUGAGAACGACAAGGCAGUCGGUAAUGGUGACAAUGCCAAGAAGAGAAGCCAGGAAGAUGUAGCCGGUGCUGCUGCCGGGCAGCCAUCAAUGCCAAGACAGCGUGUUAAUGAGGUAGGGGCGUUGGAUGCAGGACUGUUGCUCAUGAACCUGGACAAUGUGCAGCGUACGCAGGUGCAGCAGGGCCAAAUGUUUGAACGCGCACAGAAUCAGCAGAACCUGAUGUUUGAGCGCGUCAUUGAGCUCAUCGAAAAGAUCGAGGCAUCACACAGAGGCGCUUCCUUGUCUGCGGCUAUUCCUAAUGUUGGUCCGGCUUCCGGAGCUGCGGUUCCUCCUGCUGAAGCACCGUCAGCCGAAGCCGCCAUGACGGGUAGUUCUAAAGAUCCGCCGCAAGUCCGGAAUGUUCACACGACGCAUCUUGUAGCUCCUCGGCCGACUGCUCCUUCCCAACCUCAGCACUCGGAUGUUGCGAUCCCUCCUCCUCCUCCUCCGCAUGUUCCUCCUCCUCCUCCUCCUCCCCCUGUCCCACAAGUCGGUCCUUCUUCACCUCCUGUCCCACAGUUUCCACCACGUGUGCCUCGACCAUCUUAUUCCCCACCUGCCCCUCCAGCUCCUUCCAAUAGAAGAGCUCCAGGUGUCGUGAUUAGAGAUCAGGCUCCAAGGACCGCCAAUCGCCCUGUCACUCGUAGCAUGGCACCCAAUGUCGCACAACAUGGUCAAGGCGACGCUGGACCCUCCACAGUUCAAGUCGACACUCCCAACGGUAGAUCAACAGGGAGACUAGCCGAGGUUUUCGCUGCAGUAGCAGGGACAGCAAGACGCAUAUCCGACAGUUUUUCCUCAAUGGGUGCAUCACCAGGGCUGGGUUUUGACCGCUUAAGGGAAGGGAUUAAAGCUAUUGUCGCAAAUCAUGGUGCAGGGGGGAGGAGGCAGUAUCGGGAAGAGAUGGAGAAAUUCAUGAUCGGUAAAUAUAAGAAUGAGCUUGUGGAGCUAUGCAAUAAAGAUGAAAUCAAAUAUCAUAAUAAGAAACAAGCUGUUGUCGAUCUCACAGCUAUUCGAGUAAAGGAAGCAUACGGAGAGGAAGAUGAGGAGGAGGAUCACGACAACGACACGACAGAGGAAACUCAAGAGGAGAACCCUUCUUGAGUCCUACCGCAAACCCCGUUGGCUAUGGCAACAAGUGUCCAAUCUUUGCGAGGUAAGGACUAGCAGGGAAGUGAAAGGUAAGGAAAGACGGUGGUUAGAACAAAAGCUGAGAUUUUUUAUUCUGCUACUAGUCCUGGCAGGACAGAUCGCAUGGGGUUUGAAGUUCGUUGACCAGUGGGUCGAGUCUAUUCGGGGGGGUUAUGAUAUUUGCGAAGGUGAAGGUUGAUGCGUUUACGUACUUCUCUCACCGUGGCUUAAGGCUACCUAUAUCGGGAGUACUACUAGGGGUAUAUAUGAUAGGUGGGAUGAGCAUGUGGGGUCUGCGAAUCGAUUCUCAACCAGACGAAAUCAUAAGUUGAGAAGAUGGUUGGGUGCUAAGGGAUGGGAUAAAUAUGUGGCUAUUCC